AUGGAAAAUGAGGACUUCAAGGCCGCGCACAACCGGCUCAAGGGCAAUCCCGCCAACGGCGACUUUGACCAAGCAACAACAGUCAGCAAUGAAUUAGUUGGAGGCCGCGAAAACGCAUCUUGGCGCCUUAAAAAGACUAGCUGCGACCGCAGGAGGACGCGCCAGCUGUUGACGGGUCCCCGGCGAAGCGACCACGUGCCGCUCACGCUUGAGGAAUUCAAAUGCGGCUUCGGCGCCUGCGAAGGCAGAGUGAACAAGUCCCUGAGCGGCCACCACCAAUUAACGGCACCCGCCUGGCGGCGGCGCCGGUGGUGGCGGUCGCGCCACAACACUCACCCCGCCGUGUACACUGUUGGCAAUAAAUAG